UCCUCGUCAGCGCGCUCCUCCCCACCGCUAGCUUCCCUCCUCAUGUAAACCCUAUCCCUCUCCACCCCGCCCUGCUGUCGCUUGUCGUCACGCCCCCGCCCCCGCCCCCGCCCCCGCCGGCCCCCUCCCCCCCCGCGGCGGCCCCACCGCCGCCCGAUGUCGACGACCGCCGUGGCGUCGCAGCCGCGCCACCUCCCCCUCGGCGCCGGAGCCGAGCCGAGGUGCGCCGCCAGCACAUCUAAGGUUUACACUCUGGAUAAAGUAUAUGGGUUCAGAUUUGUAUGCAGAAGCAUCGUUGAUCUGAAGAGUCAAAAAUUCCAUCCCCGGAUUUCGAAGAGAAAGUGCCACUUGAGGAGCUCAACGCCAGAAUGCGACAGGACCAUUCACAGCGCUAGAUGGUUGGAGUUUCGGAGGCAAAAGGGAAUCUUCCAGAGAACUAGAAGGAUAGUUCACCUUAUUCCUUUGGCUUCUGAUGAUGAUGGAAACAGUGUAUCUGUUAAUGGAGCUCCGCAAGUUGACUCGGCAAGCAGCAUGGAGGAAAUAAGGUUGAAAUUGAAUAAAGCAUUUCAAAGUGAAGAUAUAAGCAAUGGGCUUGUGCAGUCAAUACAUGAUGCUGCGAGGUCUAUUGAAUUGGCUUUUAUAGAGCACAGCAAGUCAUCUAAGAGCUCUUGGUUUCCGAAGACAUGGCUGGGUGUUGACAACAAUGCAUGGAUAAAAUCACUAUCUUACCAGGCUGCUGUAGACUCAUUGUUGCAAGCAGUUAUCGAUGUUUCAUCUCGCGGGAAUGGCAGAGAUAGAGACAUUAAUGUAUUUGUUCAAAGGAGUUUGUCCCGCCUGCUCAACCCCCUAGAGAGUGUUAUCAAGAAUGAGUUGUCUAAGAGGGAAUCUACAUUAUACGAAUGGUAUUCAUCCGAUCAAAAUCCUUUGGUGGUGAGACAGUUUGUAAAUAUUUUUGAAAGUGAUCCACUAUUUAACUCUGCAACAGCAAUAUGCUGUGAAGGCGAGCCAAUGAAUACUAGCAAAAGUGACCUUGCUCUGCUUAUGCUAGGUUUGAUCUGUCUUGCUGCAAUAACAAAGCUUGGAUCAACAAAAGUUUCUUGUCAGCAAUUCUCUUCAAUGGUACCUGAUAUUAUUGGUCGAUUCAUGGAUAUGCUUCUCGAGUUUGUCCCUCUAAGUAAAGCAUAUAACUUGACAAAAGAUAUUGGCCUUCAGAGAGAAUUUUUACAUACUUUUGGUCCUCGUGCUGCUGUUCCUAAACUUACUAAUGAUCAUGGACUUGAGAUAUCAUUUUGGAUUGAUCUGGUUCAGAAACAGUUACUCCGGGCUCUUGAUCGUGAAAAGAUAUGGUCAAGACUGACAACAAGUGAAAGUAUUGAGGUUCUGGAAAAGGAUCUUGCGAUAUUUGGUUUUUUCAUUGCUUUAGGCAGAAGCACGCAAGGGUAUUUGUCUUCCAAUGGACUUACUGAUUUGGAUGAUUCAGUUAAUGGCAUUGUAAGGUAUCUUAUUGGUGGGAGUGUAUUAUAUUAUCCACAGUUGUCCUCGAUUAGUUCAUAUCAGCUGUAUGUGGAGGUAGUCUGUGAAGAGCUCGAGUGGCUUCCUUUUUACUAUGGUGAUGUUCCAAGUGCAACAACUGAUACUGAAGGUAGACAAGAAGUGUCUAAAGGAGAAGUAAUAUCAAGAGUCUUAAAUGUGUGCUCUUAUUGGAUGACUAGUUUUAUAAAGUACAGCUCAUGGCUUGAGGACCCUUCAAAUGUGAAGGCAGCAAAAUUCCUGUCUAAGGGACAUGCCAUGUUGAGUGACUGCAUGAAGGAGCUUGACACAUCAAAGAAUAAUAUAUCAAAAGACCGAGGCUUGCCAGAACCUGAAGAAGAAUUGGAUACCGGGACAGAGUUAGCUUCCUUUGACAAGUCACUUGAAAGUGUUGAAGAAGCUUUGGUCAAGUUAGAAAAGUUGCUUCAAGAAUUGCAUGUUUCCAGUUCCAACUCUGGUAAGGAGGACCUAAAGGCUGCAUGUUCUGAUCUUGAAAUGAUAAGAAGACUGAAGAAAGAAGCUGAGUUUCUUGAGGCAUCCUUUCGAGCAAAAGCAGAAUAUCUGGAGGCCGAUGCAAGUAGUGGACCACUAUCUCCCACCGGAGAGGAAGGACGUGGAAAGACAGGUAGCAGGACCAAUGAUAUCGCAGCACCACAAAAAUCAGGAAGCAGGGUGGAUAAUAAACGCCGUCCGUUUUGGGACUUCUUUGGUCGGCCUUCGGGAAAGAAUGUUGAGCCAGCUCUUCAAGUUGCAGAUCAGGAUGGAACUGUUGCCAAUGCGGAGAAGAAAGACAUGGAAUCAAAUGAUAUCCUCCGCUUUGAACAGUUGAAGCGUGAGCUGAUUGAGUUAGAAAAACGAGUGCAGAAGAGUGCAGAUGAUGCUCUAAAGGAUGAGGAGAUGGGUGUCACAAACGAAACAACUGCGCCAUCUUCUGUUGCAUCAGUGCCUUCCGGUCAGACUACCAAGAAAGAAAAUGUUAUAACUAAAUCAGUGGAGAAGGUCAAGGAGACUACAACGACUGUGUUGCAAGGGACGCAACUCUUAGCAAUUGAUACAGGAGCCGCUAUGGGUUUGCUAAGAAGAGCUCUUAUUGGGGAUGAACUAACUCAAAAGGAAAAGCAGGCCCUUCAAAGAACCCUGACGGAUUUGGCGUCUGUUGUUCCUAUAGGAAUACUCAUGCUUUUGCCUGUUACGGCAGUUGGUCAUGCUGCUAUGUUGGCCUUCAUCCAGAAAUAUGUGCCUUCAAUGAUCCCAUCCACAUAUGCUCCCGAUAGGUUAGAUCUCCUCAGGCAGCUUGAAAAGGUGAAGGAAAUGGAAGUUGCUGAAGGCAGCAGCGAAGAUUUAUUGGAGACAGUAGGUUCGAGAACCGAACCAGUGAAAUAAGCUGGCCAUGUACAGAUGGACAUGAUUAUACUCCUUAGCUUACGAUCUUUCCUGUAAACUUGUUUCAGAACAAGGCGUCCGAGAGGUUUUAUUUCAUUUAAGAGUUUCUUUGAAUGACUUACUUCUGCAAACAGGACUUGCAAGGCUAUGCAAAUAACCAAUUGUUGCAUCGAGAAACUGAAGGAAGAUCCUUCCAAGAGCUGCACUUUUGUAGGCUGUAUCCAUACUCCAGAGCAUACAUGGGCGCUCCGGGCCCCUUCAACAUAGUAGAGGAUGAAUGUCCAAGGUUCUCUUGGACAGUGUCUUUUUAGGGUAGAUUUUGAUAGAGGUUUGUAUAUCUAGCUGAUAGAUGACCACCACGUUUUUUCUCAUGUACAUGUACCCUCCACUGGGAAAAGACGAAAACUGGUAACCUUGUUUUCAAAAUCAAAGGGAAUUGCCCGCCUGCUUUUCCUUUACCCAA